AUGGAAAACAUCACGAAUAACUCCGAGCGAUCCCUCGACCGUCCAAAGAGGCAAAGACCUGUCUCCAUGGAGAAUGUUGGAGGAACGGCGAGUGGAAGUGAGGUGGCACGAUCAGCAACACUGUUGGAGCUUGAUCUUCUGGACUGUCCCAUCUGCUACCACAAACUUGGGGCUCCUAUCUAUCAGUGUGACAAUGGACAUAUAGCAUGUUCUUCUUGCUGUAAAAAGGUGAAGUACAAAUGCCCUUACUGUAGUUUGCGGAUUGGUUUUUUUCGAUCUAGAAUACUGGAAAAAAUUGUAGAAGCAGUCGUUGUCUCAUGCCCAAACGCCAAAUAUGGCUGCACCGAGAAGAUUCCAUAUGACAAUGAAUCAGAAUCAGCCCAUGAGAGGGUAUGCGAGUUCACUCUUUGCUACUGCCCUGAACCAGAGUGCAAGUACACCGGCGUGUACACAGAUCUCUACCGUCAUUACCAUGCUGAACACAAGACUGAUCACUCAUGGUUCAAGUGUGGCGAGUACAAUAACGCGUGGUUACACGUCACCGGUGAAAAAUUAAGCUUUUUAGUCCUUCAAGAAUAUGAAGAUGGUCCAUUGGUUGUUGUUCAAUGUUCGAUGGAGUCUCAUGGAAUAUGUGUGACUGUGAACUGUAUAGCACCUUGUGCUCCAGGAGUUGGAGAAUUCUCUUGCCAUCUCAUCUACCGGAACGGAAGUGAAAAGAUUACGUUUGAAUCCAAGAAGAUGAAUAAGAUUCAAAAAGUGAGCCCUGAAAAUCAUGUGGCGAAUUACAAGCCGAUUCCUUACUAUUUACGUGGUGAAGCCUCUAAUUUCAUGUCGAUUCCUUACUAUUUACUUGAUGAAGCCUCUAUAUUGAAGAUGCAAAUUUGCAUUCGCCGAUCAGGAGAAGAAGUAUAAGAAGCUGAUGAUGAUGAUGAAGAGGAUCAUAAUUAUCAUAUCAUAUCUCUUGUAGUAGGUUAUUAGGUUCAUACAUCAGUGGCCUAGCUAGUAAUGUAUUAAAUGAUGUUUGUCUUUUGUUGUUGUUGUUGUUGUAGCUGCUUUCAUCUAUGAAAGCUAAACUCAUAUUUUAAAUAUUGCUUAUCGUUUACUU